AAUUAGGAUUUCACGAGAAGUAAUAAUAAACGUAUAGAUCCGAUAUAUUUAAACUGUCAUAUUUUCCUUUUGAAAAUAUUUAUUUAAGUAAUAAAUACUUGAGGUAUAUCACUUAUAUUAAGUCACUGUAGUGGGACUUGAGGUUUAGAAAGGAAAAAGUUUCAGUCAAAAGAUAGAAAUCGCCAAGUUAUUGAACGUAGAAACGUGUUGAGAACCGUUACCUCUUAAGGCGGAGAGAAUCGGAGACGAUAAGGGAUUGGAUUGCUCGAGUUAAGUAAUUUACAGUGUUAAGAUAAACCAAAAUACCAGAAGAUGGCAUGUGGCGGAUGUUGCUGUGAUUCAACGCCUAUAUCCUGGGUGUCAUAUAUUGUUACAUGGGUGGCUCUCAUAUGUGGUCUGGUUGCCAUUUUCACUCCGUACUGGAACGAGCAGGAUAAUAAUCCUGAUGUAGACUUUGCUGGACUGUUUUCACAGUGUAAAGACGAUAUAAGUAACUGUUUCUCGAUAUCAAAUGUUCUCAAUGCAUAUAAAGGAACAGAUUUUUAUGAUGAUUUCCUGAUCAACUUGUCUCUACAGAUGUCGGGCUUGGUUGCCCUAAUUGUUGCCGUAGUUUUAUUUUCGGUAUACAGCUGCUGUUUAUCCAACAAAUAUUUAGCUUAUGUCAUAAUUGGCUUUUUACUUUUUGCAUUUGGAGCAAUUAUUGCCGGAGCAACUGUUUACGGAGUAAAGUGGAUGGAUUAUUACACAGCUGCAUCCACACUUAGCUGGUCAUUUGGAUUAGAUGUAGCCUCUGGUGGUCUUAGUCUUGUAGCAGCCAUCCUUCUUAUUAUUAAUUCAUGCUGUCUGUAAACUGAUCACGGAGAACUAUCUUGAGUCUUUUAAACAAAUUUUUUUAAUCAUGUCAAAGUGCAUCAACGCAUAUACUAAGGAAACUACAGCAACUGUAUGGCACUAGAAAAAGGAUAGUUUAAUAUAAUGUAUUAGAUGGUCCGUGUAAAUCUAUCAUAUUUCAUUUUGAUCUAGGUUUAAUUUUCAUUUGUAGAAAUUUACUAGUGCGAUUACAGGUUUUUUUUGUCAACUUGAAAAAAUUCUCCAGAAAACAUGAAAGUAGGUGAUGGUAGCUGCUUUAAAUAGCAUACAUGGGCACUGAUUGAUAAACAAAACUAAUACAUUUCUUCUUAAAAGGUACGAACAUGGAAUCGUGCGUAAAUAUUAAUACAGUUCAUACAAUCAUCAAUAGAUUACGGGUAAGACAUGUGCUCAGUUAGCAAUCGAACAGACUGUGAAACCAAAUGACGUUUAUACAAACUGAGGAAGUUUCACUUUAUGAUUGUAACUCUUUAUUUAAUUGAAUUUUAAUAAAAUUUGAUUAGUUAAGAAAGACCAUGAUUAUAUAUAUUAAAAAAAUCUUAUACAGUU